AUUAUUUUAAUUUCCCGUCACUUUUUAAGUAAUAUUUUUAAUCGUCAGCUUUUAAUUGCCUUUUAUUUGUGACAAUGACAAAUAAAAAUCUAUGUAUACACAGACAGAUGUAUCCAGGAUAUGAACCUUCUUGCUAUGUGUUGAGAACAACUGCACCACAAAUUCAACCUCAUUUACUAAACCCACUUUACUUGUAGAACUUUGCAUAAAAAAGCAUUGUUUGUUCCGCUACGGCUAAUCGAAAUAAAAUACUAUCUUUUGGACCGUGCUGCCCCGGUUGAGUCAACUGCUACAAGAUGUUAAACCGACAGCCCUGCUGCUGCAGAAGAGAAAAAGCGACACACUGAGCUGAGUCAGGUCAUCUAAAAGAGGCCGCUUCUAAAUAUAACCCCCGGCAGCCAUAAGACCCUGCAAAACAAAAACACACAGACAGUUCGGCAGGGAGUUGAAGGGCAGUUUCUUGGAUCACAAGGUCAACGUGAAUUGACUUUAUUCACAUUUAGUCCCCAUAAAGAUGGAGGAUAUUGAGGAGGAAGCAAUAAAUGAAGAGCUAAUCAGGUUUGCUAUCCGGGAGAGCAUUCAGGAUGCCUUCAAGCUGUCAUGCUCUGUAGAAAAAAACAGGAAGGAGCAGAACAGUGAAGAAUUUGUGAGAAUAAUUGCAGCCAUUCAUGAAGGUGAUGCUGAUGCGCUGCAGGCGCUGUCGUGCUGUAAGUCCGCCUUCCAAGAGAAAGACGGCAGCGGUUGGAUGUCUCUGCAUGCAGCAGCUGUGCAGCCGCGUCCAGAGAUGCUGCACGUCGUGCUGCAGGUACUGACGGCGGCUGACUUCACCCUGGAGGAGCAGACAUUGGACGGAGACACGGCCCUGACUCUGGCGGCAGAGGCCGACCGGGUGGAGAAUGUGAGGAUGCUGCUGCAGCGCGGAGCUUCACCGCACAACACCAACAGCAGGAAUGAAUCUCCUCUGCUCCUUGCGGUGAAGCAGCGGUCAUAUGAGAUGGUUCACACCCUCAUUAUGGGCGGGGCCUUUGUGGAGCAGGUGUGUCUCACCAAGUGGAGGGCCAUCCAUGAAGCUGCAAAGGUGGGCUGUCCUCGGAUCUUGAUGCUGCUGCUCCGACAUGGAGCCAACGUCUCAGCCAGAGACGGUCAUGGCGUCACACCUCUUGGGAUAGCAGCAGAGCACGGAAAAACAGAAGCUUUGGACAUACUCAUACAGCAUGGCGGUGAUGUAAAUGCCCAGGCCAGCAACGGAGACACCGUCCUUUAUGAUGCGUCUGGAUCAGGAAACCUGGACUGCAUCAAACUGCUUUUGCUUCACGGAGCUAACCCCAAUGUGGCGAGCUACGCCUGUCAGCUCCCCAUCCACAGAGCUGCAUAUGAAGGACACAUACUAGCCCUGAGGACUCUCAUCCCCAUCACCACUCAGAGAGCAAUCCGUCUUUCAGGCCAGAGCCCGGUCCACUCUGCAGCUGACGGAGGUCAGACCGAAUGUCUGGAGCUGCUAAUUCAGAAAGGUUAUAAUGUCAACGCGCUGCUGGACGCACACAUCUCUGAAAACUACGGGGACCUCAGGAAGACCCCUCUGUUUUUUGCUGUUUCCAACGGUGAUGUGACCUGCUCAGAGAUGCUGCUGGCAGCCGGAGCCAAAACCGACCUGGACCCUCUGCGAUGCAUUUUGGUGGCUGUACGUGCCGAGAGGUAUGAGCUGGUGCAGCUGCUACUGUCGUGCGGGGCUGAGAUAAACUGUUAUUUUAGAGUGAUUAGCAACACCGUGUUCCCCACUGCCCUGCAGUAUUGCAUCAGAGACCCCGCCAUGCUGCGACUGCUGCUCAACCACGGAUAUCACGCUUACAAGUGUUUUGAAUGUUCUCACAAGGAUUGUGAUGAUCUGGAUAGUGAGUGCAAUGACCUCCACAAUCAAGUCUACUCCAUAUACAGUCAACCAAGUAUCAUUUCAUUCUGCGAUUAUGUGUCUGUGUCAUGGCUGACCCAUCUGGUGGGGAGCGUUGUGAAGAUGCUUCUGGACUAUGUCAGCCAAAUCAGCAUCUGCUUCAACCUCAGACGCGUCCUGGAGCGGACGCCAGAGUGGGAGGAGAUUUCCACCACACUCAGCAGCCCUCGCUCUCUUCAGCACUUGUGUCGACUGGUGGUCAGGAGUCAAAUGAGCAUCAGGACGCUGAAUGACCCAGAAGCCAUGGCUGCAGCUCCAUUCCCUCCCAGAUUGAUGAGCUACAUAACCUACAGAGACCAGGACCCAUACCAAUUAUAAUCCACAUGAAAAACAAACACCACAAGCUUCAAGUAAUUGUAUUAACUUCAAUUAAAUGCAUUCUGUGCCAUUUGAAUACAGGCAUAAGCAAGUCUAUGCUGCUCUGUAUAAGUUAUUGUACUUUGAGUUUGUGAAAAGAUCAUUUAUUAAUUUAAGGAACUGAUGGAUGCACUAAAAAUGUAAUUUAUGUAAGAAACACAUUAUUUUUUAAUAAACAAUUUUUUUAG